AUGUGUACUGCGACUGUUGGACAGCGCCGGUCGUUUGACGACAAUUUGUGUACCGUCCGCUAUGUUGGCGGCGUCCAGGGCACCACCGGCGACUGGCUAGGCGUCGAAUGGGACGACCCAACCCGCGGCAAGCACUCGGGGGAGCAUAACGGUGUCCGGUAUUUCACCUGCAGAAGUACUCAGCCAACGGCGGGAUCGUUCGUGCGCCCCUCUCGGCCAUCAGAUCCCCCGCGGAGCUUCCUUGAGGCACUGCGCGAGAAGUACGCCUCUGAAUUUGAGCAGGAACUUGCUCGAAAGGCCUCAUCAGAAGGAGGCGUAAAUCAGAAAACAGCCAUUGAGAUCAGCGGCAAAGUCGUUGAAGAGGUUGGCUUCGACAAGAUCCGGAAACAGCUCGCCGAGCUCGAGGAGCUGCGCAUCGUCUUGCUCGAUGAACUACGCAUUGUUGGCGUAAAUUCAUCCUAUGAUCAGACAGAAGACUCACUCCUUGAGUCGGCCCAACAGAUCCAGGCAACUUGUCCCAAGAUCAUAGAGUUGGAUCUCAGUCGAAACCUGCUCAGUCGGUGGCGCGAUGUGUGGGAGAUUUGCAACCAGCUGAAACAACUGAAGCGAUUGAAACUGAAUGGGAACCGAUUUCAACCUUUGGAAGAGGACCUGACCUUUGAAAACAUCACCGAACUCCAUUUGGAAGACACGCUUCUGACCUGGGACGAAAUCGCUGCAGUGAGCUCGCGAUUUCCAGCACUCACUUCCCUCACAGCAUCCGCCAACCAGCUCACCGAGACCUCCCGUCCACUCCCUGACACCAUCACCUCACUAACCCUUGAAUAUAACGAGAUAAGCUCACUCUCAGCACUCCGGCAUCUCGCCGCACUUCCAAAGCUCACGCAUCUCUCCCUCCGCGGGAACUGCGUCACUAAACUUCACCAUGAUACCAACACCGCUGUCCCGGACUUCCACUUCCCAACCAUUCUACGCUCGCUCGACCUCUCCCGCAACAACAUCGCCGCAUGGAACUUUCUCAACCAUCUCUCAGCCUUGUUUCCAGGCCUGGCCUCUCUCCGCAUCUCCGGAAACCCCCUAUACGAUCAGCCACCGCUCCCGCCAUCCAUCGCAGCCGCAACAUCAAUCAUGACGUCCUCCAAGCCCAUGACCGUCGACGAAGCCUUCAUGCUAACCCUCUCCCGCCUUCCACCUACUCUCCGCACCCUCAACUUCAGCACCAUCUCGCCGCAGGACCGCGCCAACGCCGAGAUGUACUACCUCUCCCUUAUUGGCAAGGAACUCUCCGCCACCUCUGCAGCAGAUGAGCCACGCAUAUUAGCCGCACAUCCGCGCUACAAGGAGCUGUGCGAACAGUACGGCGAGCCUAGUAUCGCCCGAGCGGUGGUUGCAGACUCCUCCGGCGCGAGGACCAUCCAUCCCCGAUCCGUGGCGGCACGGCUCGUCAAAAUGGCGUUUUAUUCCCCCGUCUCGUCAUCGUCUUCAACAACUCCACCCGGAGAUCACCAGCAGCAUCCUCAAGAGUCUUCCAGACCCCACGUUUGCGUCAAAGAUAUCCCUUCUUCCUUUGAUACGUACCAGGUGAAAGCCCUUGUCUCACGACUCUUCGGGCUACGGCCCUAUGGGUUCAGGUUAUUCUGGGAGACCAACGAGUGGGAUCCCGUGGAGAAGGAGAAUGUUGCAGACGCUGGAAUCGACGGGGACGAUGACAGCGAGGACGAAACCAGCCACCCCCAGCUCGAUGUCUCGGUCUCCGCCACCGCUGACAAUUCCAUAGACACCAGCCGAUUCGUGCGGAGGGAGGUCGAGCUGGUCGAUUCGACGCGGGAUAUUGGGUUUUUGUUCCAGGGUGAAACGGGGGAGAUGAAGAUCCGGGUCGAAGUCUGA